AUGUCAGAAACAGAGACAGACAAAGUGAAAGUUAGAACACAGAGCUUUGAAAAUGACCAGCGAACAACUUCAGUGUUGCUGAAAGAAGGUAACCCUAUUUUACAUCCUCUUGGAGAUCCAAAUAGUUCCACCAGCUCCAUUCCUUUGCAAGUCCUUCCUAUUGUGAUUCUGAACCAAGGAGAUCAUCCAGAACACCAGUUAGCAAGUAAAGAUGAGAAACCUAUAAAAAGUAUUGUUCUCAGCUCAGUAUCAGAAUUCAGCAUCACAGAUGUGCCAUCUAAGGAUACCAAAGAUGACAGAAAACUGUCGGACUCUACUACAUCUUCAUUAUCAUCACUUCAGAAAUGUGGAACACAGUUCAGCUAUGCAUCAGGCCAUGAAAGAGACAGUAAUGAUGAAUGUGCCACACUCAUCCUGGCCUGCUUGUUCUGCCAGUUUUGGGAGUUUCUGUUCAUGUUGCCUGACGUCUGUGAAAAUUGGCUGAUCAAUAUGUGCUGCCCUUCCCAUAGAUAUCGCCAAACAUCAAGCGAUGCCCCCAACAACGGCGACUGCAGCUGCAACUGUGACAUUGACUGCAGCGUCCUUGAGUCUUGUCACGAAAGUGGGGAAUGUCUUGAACUGGCUCUGGAAGUCUCCCAAGUCUGUUAUCACUAA